CUGAGCCUGUGACCGGUUCAAGUGGCGAAUAAGACUUUUGAAGAAGACUCUUUAAGCAGUAUUUCCGUUAAACCUGGUGAUGAUAAUGCUUCAUGGCCUACAUCAGAUGAUGAAGAUUUAAGUUUGAAUAUGAAGAAUACCUCAAAACCAAACUUAAGAAAACUAAUGAAUGCUUCUCAGCUUUUCAAGAACUUGGAAAUAGAACUUGGACUUGUAUCACCGGGAGAUAAAACUUUAUUUGAGGAUGAUCAUUCUGAAAACAAAUGUGAAGAUACAGUUGGUGUUCCUUCCAAACCAUCUGUUGACAUCUGUGACUCUUCUCCUCCUGCUUUGCCAUCACCUGAUUCUAUUCUAAAACCUCCUUUCACAUUGUUAGGCCUUGGUCCUUCAAAGGAAGGAGAGGAGCGGCCAGAGAUUGGAACAAAGGACGAUGGUAUCACUGAAAGUGUUCCACAAGCACCAACAGCUAAUGACUGUUUGACUUCUGCUGACAGGGCAGAAGAUGAUAGACAUGUUAUGCUGUCAGCAUUAGGGUUCUCAGAACAAAAUGAAGAAUCACCUUGGGAUUCUGAGAGUGAUUUGGAGAGUCUCCCAGAGACCUACCUUGAUCAUUUAUCUGGGAAUGCAGAUCAGAAAGGGGCAAGUACAUUAAAUGAGAAAGUAGAAGCUUCUCCAGGAAAAUAUUCCUACAUGAAGCCUGCUGUGGAGGGGAAAUACUGUAUUCCUAAUCGGCCCAGAGAAAUGGAGGAAAUUAAAGCAUCCCAAUCAGAGUCUCCGGGAGAAUAUUCUUUGUUGAAGCCUCCUGUCGAGGAGAAACAUUCUGGUCCUAAGAAAGGAGGAGAAAUGGAGGAAACACAAACAUCCAAAUCAGCUUCUCCAGGAAAAUAUUCCUACAUGAAGCCUGCUGUGGAGGGGAAAUACUGUAUUCCUAAUCGGCCCAGAGAAAUGGAGGAAAUUAAAGCAUCCCAAUCAGGUUCUCCGGGAGAAUAUACUUUGUUGAAGCCUCCUGUCGAGGAGAAAUGUUCUGGUCCUAAGAAAGGAGGAGAAAUGGAGGAAACGCAAACAUCCAAGUCAGAUUUUUCAGCAGAACUAGACUUAGGAAUGACAACAGAAAAAGAGGAAGAAAGUUUUAAUGAAAGUGAAAAUAAACACCUUCAGAUUGAAGAAACGGAGAAGCACCAAAAUGAUGAAGUGGCAGUAUUAGAAAGCAUAUAUUCUUCUUCUGCUGCUGGACUAAUGCAUCCAAAAGGGAGUGGAAAAACUGGUAACAACCUAGGUCCUAUUACAGAAAAUGAGGAAUCUAAUGGAUCUUCAAAGAAAACAUCUAGUGACAAGGAAGAGGUCAAAAAACAAAUUGAUUCUAUGGAUGACUUCGGUGUCUUAACUCUGUCAUCUGAAAUAAUUUUGGAGGAUUUCCACAUGCCUGACUCUAAUCAUAUGAUUUGCAUGUCGCUAAUUGAACAGCAUGCCAUGGAUUGUAAAGAUUCUGUCAGUUUAUUGAAAAUCCAGCAUGCGGUUCUUUCAUAUGAAAGAUUAAUAGAACUUAUAAAAUAUCACUGUGGACAACUUAAAAGAAAAAAUAAAAAAAUGGAAAAUAUGGCUAAGGGACUACAAAAGGAGCUAUCAGAAACAAAAGAAAUGAUAUCUAAGUUGGAGCUUCAAAAAGUAGAAUGGGAGCAUGAACUCUGCAGUUUGAGAUUAACUUUAAAACAAGAAAAACAAAAAAGAAGAAACGCUGAAAUGUUAUAUGAAAAGAUUCAGGAGCAACUAACAAAAAGAGAAGAGCAGUAUAAGAAAGAAGUUGAAAUAAAACAAGAACUUGAUUUUAAGCUUAGAGCACUAGAUGCAGAAUUAAGGAAUGUAAGAAAUAAUUUCAAUCAGGUUGUGGAAGAACGGUAUUAUACUGAAAAACAACUUUGUCGAGAACAGGAUGCCAGAAUAUUACAAGAUGGAAUUCUAAAGAAUCACCUUUGCAAACAAGAGGAGAUAGAAGUUGCUGUGAGACAACUUCAAGAAGAACUGGCCAAUACCCUAAAAAAACUAUCUAUGUCAGAGGCUUCACUGGAGGUGACAUCACGUUGUCCUAUGAAUUUAGAAGAUGAGGUAAAAGACUUAAAGGAAAAACUGGCUCAGAGUAGGAAUCAGGUUGAUGAUCUUACAGCAAAACUGGAAACUAUGUCUUCAAGAAACCAGGUUCUUAUUCAGGAGUUAUCAUCUAUGAAAGAAAUACAGAUGAAAUGUGAAAAGCUAGGGAAGAAUAAAAAGAAGUUGGAACAACAAGAAGUAAACCUCAGAAAUUGUGUAGAAGGCAACGUGACGCAAGUAGCAUUUCAAGAAAGCGUAGCACAGUUAAGAGAAAAUAAUAAUGCUUCAGUAAGAAGUCAAAUGGAACUCAGAAUUAAAGAGCUGGAAUUUGAAUUAUCCAAAAUGAAAAGUUUUCAAGACGUUACUAAAACAGAAUUGGACAUAUACAAGCAUCUCUACCUAGAAGAAGUAACACAUCGAAUGUCAUUGACAAAUGAACUGAACAAGACUAGUGAGAGGCUGGCAGAGACCAGUACCAAACUUCUGGUGGAGAAACAGCAAAAGCAAACUUUGCUUGACACUAUUAAUAUGAGGCCAGCCCUAGAUCUGCCUUAUGGUAGAAAUGUUAAUAAUAGUUCACUAUUCAAUAGAAAUGUUGCUCUAAGAGAAAACGUGGUGAUUCCUACCUCAAACUCAUGGCGUUCAAGUAAUGACAUUGAGACUUUCUUGUUCAAGAAGCAGCAAGAGUUGGAAAAAAAUAUAACUAGAGAACUAGAAGAAGGUGCUGCUGAAUUUGAAUCAGGCUCAUCUGGUGGGACCACCUUUCUAGAAUCUACUUUUGAAAGUCAUAUAAAUUGUGAUGACGUACUGAAAUCACACAGAGAAUACUCAGAGUUUCUGAAGAAAAAGUAUAGCAUCUGAAACAUAAAUAGUAGAAAUUUAUUUACUGGAUGUUUAUACAACAUUUUAAUAGUUUCCUAUUAAAUGGAUGAUAUGCAAAAA